AUGAAUACCAAUGUAACUAGUCACAUAGGUGGCAACCUAAUGGUGUUACCGUCUUCAAAUGGGCGGUCAGAACUUAACCACUACCAUUCGGACCAGGGGCGGUCAGAUCUUAAUCACUACCAUUCGGACCAGGGGCGGUCAGAUCUUAACCACUACCAUUCGGACCAGGGGCGGUCAGAUCUUAACCACUACCAUUCGGACCACAGGAGGUCAGAUCUUAACCACUACCAUUCGGACCAGGGGCGGGGCGGUCAGAUCUGUAACCACUACCAUUCGGACCAGGGGCGGUCAGAUCUUAACCACUACCAUUCGGACCAGAGGCGGUCAGAUCUUAACCACUACCAUUCGGACCAGGGGCGGUCAGAUCUUAAUCACUACCAUUCGGACCAGGGGCGGUCAGAUCUUAACCACUACCAUUCGGACCAGGGGCGGUCAGAUCUUAACCACUACCAUUCGGACCAGGGGCGGUCAGAUCUUAACCACUACCAUUCGGACCAGGGGCGGUCAGAUCUUAACCACUACCAUUCGGACCACAGGAGGUCAGAUCUUAACCACUACCAUUCGGACCAGGGGCGGGGCGGUCAGAUCUGUAACCACUACCAUUCGGACCAGGGGCGGUCAGAUCUUAACCACUACCAUUCGGACCAGAGGCGGUCAGAUCUUAACCACUACCAUUCGGACCAGGGGCGGUCAGAUCUUAAUCACUACCAUUCGGACCAGGGGCGGUCAGAUCUUAACCACUACCAUUCGGACCAGGGGCGGUCAGAUCUUAACCACUACCAUUCGGACCAGGAGCGGUCAGAUCUUAACCACUACCAUUCGGACCAGGGGCGGUCAGAUCUUAACCACUACCAUUCGGACCACAGGAGGUCAGAUCUUAACCACUACCAUUCGGACCAGGGGCGGGGCGGUCAGAUCUGUAACCACUACCAUUCGGACCAGGAGCGGUCAGAUCUUAACCACUACCAUUCGGACCAGGAGCGGUCAGAUCUUAACCACUACCAUUCGGACCAGAGGCGGUCAGAUCUUAACCACUACCAUUCGGACCAGGGGCGGUCAGAUCUUUAA